AUGACGCUGUCUCCGUGAACCAGGACGGGCACCUCGCCAGUCGGAUUGAGACGCAUGAACCACGGCUCAUUGUGCUCGCUGAGUGGGGCACCGGGGACAAGUGAAGAUAAGCAGGCGACAAUGCCCAAGUUGACUCAAGACACCCCCUGUUGGCAGGGAGUAGUACUACUUACCAAUCUCAAUUAGUCAAUCUUCGUGCAGGAGGGAGUGUGAUGCAUCAGAGAUGGGAGAGGAGGAGUGGGCGGGAUCUUUGCGGUGACGUCGCGUGUGAUUGGCCGGGUGACCCUGUCCAGCAGGGGUAUCUCUCUCUCCUUCCUCCCUCCCUCGGUGGCCAGUGGGCGAGAGUGGGGAGACCAGCCACACUCAACGAACAAGCCGGUGCGCGGAUCCGUCAUCCUCUCCCGUUGGUCCUGGACGCCCCUGCCUCGGUCGUGCCGUUUCCCCCCCAGCUUUGCAUCUGAAUGACGGGCGGAAGGUUCGACUUCGACGAUGGCGGCACAUACUGCGGGGGUUGGGAGGAUGGCAAAGCCCACGGACACGGCAUCUGCACCGGACCCAAGGGCCAGGGCGAGUACGCGGGCUCUUGGUCGCACGGCUUCGAGAUAGUCGGCGUGUACACCUGGCCCAGUGGCAACACCUACAAGGGCUACUGGUCCCAGGGCAAGAGGCAUGGCCUGGGCGUGGAGAAUAAAGGCAAGUGGAUCUACCGCGGGGAGUGGAGCCACGGCUUCAAGGGGCGCUACGGCGUCCGGCAGAGCCACAACACACCUGCGAGAUACGACGGCACCUGGAGCAACGGGCUCCAAGAUGGAUAUGGCAUCGAAACCUACGGCGAUGGAGGCACCUAUCAAGGCCAGUGGAUGGGCGGCAUGCGCCACGGCUACGGCGUGCGCCAGAGCGUCCCUUAUGGGAUGGCGACUGUUAUCCGUUCGCCUUUACGUACAUCCAUGGCUUCCCUGCGCUCCGAGCAGAGCAACGGCACCGUGCUGCAGGACCUCUCCUCCCCUGCAGACACCCCCACGGGCAACCGCGGGGGCUUCGUGCUCAACUUCCACUCGGACAGCGAGGUGGUGACGGGCAAGAAGAAGGGCCUCUUCCGCCGGGGUUCCCUCUUCGGGAGCCUGCGGCAGUUACGCAAGUCCGACUCCCGGACCUCCAUCUCCAGCAAGCGCAGCUCGGCGCGCAGCGACGCCACCAUGAGCCGCAUCAGCUCCAGCGACGCCAACUCCACCAUAUCCAUCGGCGACGGCGAGCUGCAAGACGAGGACCUUCUCUUGGAGGACCACGUGGACGCCACCACCACCGAGACCUACAUGGGCGAAUGGAAGAACGACAAGCGCAACGGAUUUGGCGUUUCAGAGAGAUCCAAUGGGAUGAAGUACGAGGGCGAGUGGCUGAACAACAAGCGCCAUGGUUACGGCUGCACAGUUUUCCCAGAUGGCACCAAAGAAGAAGGGAAGUACAAAAAUAACGUGCUGGUGCGUGGAAUAAGGAAGCAGCUGAUUCCUCUGAAGAACCCCAAAACCAAAGAGAAGGUGGAUCGGGCAGUCGAGGGGGCGCAGAGGGCAGCGGCCAUCGCCAGGAGUAAAGUGGAAAUAGCAGCUUCCAGGACGGCCCAUGCCAGGACGAAGAGCGAGGCCGCAGACCAAGCCGCCAUCUCUGCAGUCCAAGAUGCUGAAAUCGCCAGAGCGGUUGCUCGGGAGCUUGCACCAAACUUCUAUCAACCAGGGCCCGACUACGUAAAACAGCAGUUUAAAGAGCCUGUAGCGAUUAAGGAGGUCCCCGUUGUGAAGAAAGACGACUCACCACGCGAUUCUCCCCAUUUUUACCGCAAAGGUACCACCCCUCCUCAUUCCCCGUUGAAUAGUCCCGUGGGCUCGCCUCCACACUCGCCUCACUCCAACAAGAAGAAAGGCCAUCUUGCCAACAGCAACAGCCGAAAAACCAGCCAAGAGGAGCAGCCUUCCCAUAAAAUAAGCAAGGAGGAGAAGUCGGCGCAUAAACACAGCAAAGAUGACCGUUCGAGCAGGAAGCCAAACAAAGAGGAGAGAAUGUCCGUCCCCGAUGGCCCCAAAGCUGCUCAUAUGCACAUCGAGGCACCCCCGAAACCUGCGAAACUUCAACAGCCGAGCCCUCCGCCCGAUUCCCCCGCACGUGCCCCUUCCGUCCCGGUCAACGGCCAGCUCCAUACGGAGUACCACAGUUACUACGUCAAGGCGCCCGUAAAGGGCCCUCCACCGCCCGACCCAGAGGAGGACCCGGAGCAAGAGCUUAGUGCGCAGGCCCUGGCACGCAUGCCGCCACAGCCCAGGUCUAUUGGUACCCCGACCCCGACCACGACCCCGACCCCGAAGCCGGCCUCCACACGGGACAGCAAGGGCGAACCGAAACUCAGGAAGCAAGAUUCCCUCAAGCCAAAGAGCCUCGCAGACACAAAGAAAGCCAGUAUGGAGAUUGCAGAAACCACGGCGGAAACAGGUCCUAACGCCAUCCUUGUCGCGAUGGUAAUGCUGUUGAAUAUCGGCCUCGCAAUUAUAUUUGUCCAUUUUCUGACAUGAUAGUGCUCAUUCUUAGCGAAAAGACGGCAAGCUGUGCAAUUGCAUCGCCGGCCUUGGGAGAAAAAAAAUGGCGCCGACGAGUCACGGUGGCAGCCGGAGGUGUUUGGUUUACAGCAUGACACCGCAGAGAAACAAGAGGAAGGCGUCACGAGCGCCGACCUGUCACAGGCCCCGCAUGGACCACCCCUGCCAAUUAGCACUCCUUUGGGCUUCUGGAAAAAUCUGAGGUGAAAUGUUGUGUCUAUUGAGUUAUACUAAACCAAUCAAACAUAGUGGAAGUCAUUUCAACCCGCUGGCGCUGAGGCGAGCAGCGGCCCCUGCAGCCGGACGAGGCGGCGGCCUGACGGACUUUGCUGCUGAGAGAAUGUGGAGCUGCACUUUUAGAUGACGGGAGCAAACAGCUGCCUUUCUAUUUUGCCAUCGCCGGGAGGCCACGAUGGCGGGGCGAGAGUGAGGUGCGGAACAGUCGCAGUGGGAGCACGAGGGGCGUUUUUCGGGGGGCGAGGGGCUUCCCACCACUUCAUCCAACGGCAAGCUGGCCCGGGCCUGUUGCUAAGAAGUCAGUGCUAGCACGGUCACUCGCCAGUCUUACUGUUUUCAAAGAUCUUCAUGUUUAUCCAGCUCCUUCCAGCACUGCUCAGAACAAGCCCCCGUUGCAUGGUACUGUUUUGACAUUUUCUUUUUAUUAUAUUGUGUUUGUUGUUUGUUGUUGGGAUGGUGGUAACACUUUUAUUUUGGAAUUCACACACCGAUUGGGCUGUAUUUUUUGGGCGGGGGAAAUGCAAGUGCAAUAUGUUUUUUUUUCAUGCACUUGGAGUAUAUUUUGCUAAAAAAUAAAUUAUAUCAUUAUUAUUAAAGUAUAAUUUAUCGCAGGGGUGGGGAACCCAUUGCUUGUGGGCCAUUACACCGUUCCAAAGAGCAUUUGAUUUGGCCUAGAUUUCAAAUUAUUUUUAUUUUUUUAAACUCUAAGAAAAAGCCCAAUAACAUUUUGGCAUCCAUUCUCAUAAUAAUAAUAAAAAAACAUUGAUUCUGUUGUUAUAUAUGUUAAUAGACUUCAGAGGACUGAAAUGGCCCCAAUGAAAUGGGAUAAAUGUUACCUACCCUUGAUGUUGAUUGACAGCUAGCAAAGGAAGUUUAUUGACGCGGGCUGUCGAGAGUGGUGUUAACAAAGGUCUUAUUGUUAUUUAUUGAAAUCCGAAUCAAAUGUUUGAAUAUGUAUUGCGACACAUGCCUCCACGACACCACUGGGCUUGAAUUCCAUCUGUGUUCUCUCCACUGGCCACCAUUAUUUUAUUCUCGGAUGCAAUGGCUGCUGCGGCAGCGACCGAAACGCUACUUGGGGAGGACGGGAAGUUGGAAUUAUUCAGUUUGACGCUUAGGGGGAAUGUGGCGGCCCUGGGUGGGGGAAAGGAGAAUGAUGCCUUUAAAAGUCUUUAACAGUACUACUGUUUACCUU